AUGGAAGAUAAGUCUGGAUCUAAUUCUGAAUGUGAAGCAGAUAUAAUUCCUCAAGUUGAAACAAAAAUAACUGUAAAAAAAAAAAUAUUGAGUGGUGAAUGUAUUUUAAUUGACAAAAAAGGUACAAGUGCCGUAUGGGAAUUAUUUAAAAAUGUGGUAUAUAAUAAUGAUGAAAAUGUAUUCACGGGUUUUGUAGCUUGUAUUAAAUGUAAGCUACCAUUUAAGUACAGUCAUAGUAGUGGCACAUCAACAUUGAGCAGACAUAAAUGUGUAAUUGUGAAUACCAAAGACGAUGCUCAAACCAGUUUGGAUUCUUUUGUGUCUAAAAAAUUAAAAACAAUUCCUGAUAAAUUAAAAUCGGAAUGCAUAGAAAAAUCAGUUAAGUUUUGUAGUGUGGACAUUAGACCAUUGUCUAUAAUAGAUGGAUCUGGUUUCAAAGAACUUGGACAAUUUUUAAUAAAAGUUGGUCGUCAAUACGGUGAUGUAGAUAUAAAUGAUUUAAUGCCACAUCCAACUACUGUGUCAAAAAAUACAAUAAAAAUGGCUGAAAAUCAUAGAAAUACACUUUUUGAGAAUAUUGUACCGUUUAUAAAAGACAAUUGCUGUUCUAUGACUACGGAUAUGUGGUCUGAUAAAUAUAAAAAACGACACUACAUAACUAUUACCGUUCAUUAUAUUGAUAUAAAUUGGAUUUUGCAAAAAAAUGUACUACAUACUGGUCAAUGGCCAAUAUCAGAGAAAAAAACGGCUGAAAAUAUUAAGAAUUCAAUUGGUACUUUUUUAACAAGCUUUGAAUGUACAAAGUCUCUGAAUCCUAAUGAAUUAAUGAAAAAAAUCACAUUUGUCACUGACCAAGGACCAAACAUGACAAGUUCAAGUGGAUUAGGCGCAUACAACAGAUUAAAUUGUUGUGCUCAUAUGCUUAAUACCGUAUUAAGACAUGUUUUUGAUUCUAAGUUUUUAGAUGCUGAAGAUGAAAACAAUAGGAAAUUGUUGGAACCCGUUACCAAACUUUUGUCAGGAGCUAAAAGCUUUGUGAAAUUCAUGAAAACUUCUGGAGAAGUAAAUAAAUUAUCAAAAGGUUUAAUUCAAGAAGUGGAAACAAGAUGGAACACAAGGUUGGCAAUGCUACUAUCAAUACAUGAGCAAUGGGAUGAAAUUCUUAAUGAGUAUGGUGAAGAUUUUUGGCGACUUCAAAAUAUAGAUAUUGAAUUACUCAAACAAAUUACUGAAUUUCUCAAACCAUUUAAGACUGCUUCUGAUGAAUUGGAAGGAGAUAUUUAUCCUACUAUACACAAAGUUCUUUUAUACAAAGUUGUUCUUGAAAAACAUAUUAACAAGUAUUGUAACUUGGAAGAAGAUAUUUAUGAUUCAUCAGGAGAAUUAAAUUCAACAUCCAUAGUCAAAAAACUAGGAAUCCGCGCUAGAGAAAUAUUUAAUAAAAAAUUCAUUAUAAACAGGACACAUGAAAUGGCAUGUUUUCUUUGGCCAAAUUUUAAAAAACUGAAAAUGGUGUCUGACGAGAAUGAAAAGAAAAGGAUUCUAAACAAUAUCAAGUUAGAGCUUCUAAAAAUGGAAAUAGCACAAGCACAAAAUGACCAAAAUGUAGAGAGUGAAUCGAUCGAAGAUACUGCAGCUCUGAAUAUAUCACAGUUUUCUGAAUGGGAAGAUGAUGCACCAAAACCAAAACAGUCAUAUGAGCAAGAAAUGGAUAAUUAUUUAACAUGUUUUGUAGGUAAAAAUGUAGAUACCGACAUACUCAAUUUUUGGAAAAGUCAAAAUGAGAAAUUUCCAUUACUCUCUCAGUUAGCUCGCCAAACUCUCUGUAUACCAGCAUCCAGUGCAAGUAGUGAACGAGUUUUCAGUGUUUCAGGGAGAAUAAUUGAAGAACGUAGAAGUCGUCUAAAAGGAGAAACAGUCGACUCACUUGUAUUUCUACAUGACUUCUUUAAAAACAUAAAAGUACUAAGUACAAGUAAUAAGUAA